UUGUGUGCGUGCACACGCCACACGCGUGCGUGGAUGCGCGUGCGCGCAGGCGGAGGAUCCGAGCCGUGUACAGUGCAGCAGGCAGGCAGGCACAAGCCGCUGGGCGCGCAGGAGAAGCCGCAAACGCAUUAGAGCAGCCGCUAUACCUGAGACCGCGCGCGGAGAGCACAGGGCAGCCCGGGAACUUGAGUGUGCACGAGGCCAGAGAUCCAAAAUGGGAGGCAAGCUCAGCAAAAAGAAGAAGGGAUACAACGUAAAUGAUGACAAGGCAAAAGACAAGGACGCCAAAGCAGAGGGGGCCUCCGCCGAGGAGAGCGAAGCACCGAAGGACAACAAAGACGAGGCCCCGGCCGCCACCGACACUAAGGAGGUAGCAAACGACACGGCGGCCAAGGAGGCGCCGGCAGCGGACGCCGCAGCGCCCAAAGAGGAGGAAAAGAACGCCACUCCCGCCGCGAAGGAGCCCGAGAAGCCUGCCGCCAACGCUGAGCCCAAAACAGAGGCGCCCAAGAGCGCAGAGCCCGCCAAGGCUGAGGAGAAACCAGCAGCCGCCCCCGCCGCGGCCCCGGCUAAAGAAUCGGCCCCGGCCGCCAAGGAACCCGAAGCUAAAGCCGCGGCACCAGCCCCGGCGGCUGAGAGCAAAGAUGAGGCCGACGCCAAAAAGACUGAGGCCCCCGCGGCACCAGCAGCCAAAGCCGAGGCCGCCCCCGUUGCAUCCCCUGACCCCAAGCCCACAGAGGCGGCGACGGCGGCGGCGGCCCCCGCACCAGCAAAGGAGGCCCCCGCGGCCCCUAGUUCAACACCAGCCGCCGAGCCUCCCGCCAAGGAGGCGAACGCCACAGAGGCGCCAAGCAAGGAUCAAACCGUAGCAGUUCAAGAUUAAUGGACAGCUUCUUUUCGGAAAUGAAUACAAUAAAAAAAAAAAAUUACCUAACUCAACAACGAUGAAGAUUAAGAAGAAAAAGAAAAAAUGAAAUUACCAACUAGCCCACCCAUAUUAUGAUAAUAACAAUAAUGAUAAUAAUUGUAAUGAUAAUGAUUUGAUUGAUUGAGGAGGACUGGAGCAACCACCUGGGGAAGUUUCCCACCGCUGCAGAUGAUUAUUGCCAUUAUUAUUGUUAUGUUUUACUCUAUUUUUUCUGCUGUAGUAUUUGAACUUUGAUACGAGUCUGUGUCGGCCGUGAGCCUCGCCAUUCCACAUCCGUCAUCCCUCUCCUCCUUCAUAUGUCAAGGCGUUGAACACGACUCCCAUCUCAGCCCCGUAGGCCUGCGUCCAAACAUUCACCUGCACCCUCGGCUCUGUGGACGGCAGAAUAUCAACAUUUUGGGGAAAAUAGGACAUAGGGAAGGGGGAGGGGGUUGAGAAAUCACUACACCAGCUGGACUUCCCAUUGAAUUGGUCCACCUCUCACCCCCCCCCCCCCCCCCCCCCCUUCCACUCAUCCACCUCUUCACAGUAUCAUGCUCUCCGCCUUGUACCUACAAUUCUUCUCGUGAAAUAGUUGUUUUGGCCUUUUAAAAAAAAAAAAAACUAGUUACCUUUUUCAUUAUUGUUGGGUUGUGUUACUACCCCUUUUCCUCUUGGGGUUACACGCCCCAUUCUCUGUACGUCUAAAAAUUGAUACAUUUUUAGUGAGAGCGACCACGCUCAGGCUUUCUAAGACAUUUCGGAGGUUGAAUACAGCUGGCUUUUGCAAAGCAAAACACAUUCUUAGACGUAUGAAACAGUCGUAGGAAUUUUUCAGAUAAACUACUAGAUUUUGUACUGAAACCCUUAGGUAUAUUGUAAGUGAACUAAGUGGUUUUUUUAACAUUUGUAAUACGCGUAUGAAGCCCGCAAAAGCCUCGCUGAAAAGAUCUCCUCAGUGUUCUUAGAAAGUCUGGUAGAAAUCUACAAUCCUCCAACAAAAAUCUGAUGACAAAUUUGAACAGAAUUUGUUUUAAAAAGACAUAUCUUCUGCCGUCCUGGGUGAGAUGGGCUAGAGUGAGUUAGGUUAUGCUCAAGAAUACCAAGUUGGUGUCGGUUACUGCAUCAUCGGGAGACGUCAGGCGUUAGUUUCUGGACUGUAUCGCUGGAAAAUGACUCAAAUCCUUCACUUGUUACAGUAAAUGUUCAGCAAAAGUAGACAUACUAAGAUACACUGUAAGUAAAAGUUCUGCUUUCUUCAUUCUGCUUAAGUCAAGGAUUUGCAGCAAAAUAUACUUAAGGACCGAAAGUAUAUUGUAAAAGUGUUCUGAUGUAGUGGACAGUGAUGGAGAGUGUUAGCAUGUGCUUACCACAUGUUGCAUUUGUAAAGAAAGUCACAAAAUGAGAGGAAACCCUGGAGAUUUUGGAAUUUUGCAGGUUUGCGAUAUUGUACGAAAAGGCAUACACACAAAUUCGUAUGAAAUCCUACAACCGCCGGCCGGUCACUUGACACUGGCUACAGAGCUCCGCGAUAUGUUGUCGUAUCAGCGGCAGUCGCUAGUUGAGUUUAGCCGACAAAAGGUGACUGUGAGCCGGGCACAGAGCACCGUGAGCUGCCCGGCAUUUCGGUGGACAUUCCAGUUAAGUUUAGCAGACAGAAAGUGAGCGUCAAGCUGCGGCGACAGUUAAGUUUCGGCACCAAAACAACUAGUUCAGCUUAGGAAAUAGACGGUGGUUUGGAUAAAAACACUCUCGAGAAACAAACACAAGAUUCCUGGGAGAAAGUCUUUUUGUUUUUUCCGCUUCCCAACUUAAAAGCCCUGUAGCAGUCCUUUUAGAAGCAGUCUGUCCAAUGGAGCAAACCUCACCAGUUUGGUAUUGAAGCAGCUACAAACACCCAGAUCAGUAAAACCUGUGUAGCUCCGUGACUCCCAGCAGUCUUACCCUGUCCCGGGGGGGGGUCAUCAGCAACCUACUACAACCUACUAUGGUUCAUGUUCCUGUGGCAGCCGUACACCAUGCUAUCAUUACGGGAUGGAAAAGCCUUGCACAUGAAAAGGGAGCUUCUGAUUUUAUCAUCUUUUCACCCUUCAUGCAUUUUCCUUUGAGUUUUUUUAGAAAUAUACAUUGCGUAUGUGUACAUACAUGCAGCGGUGGAAGAAACUUUACUCAAGUAAUAGCAAUAUGACUCCAUGGCAGUUCAGUUCUGUGUUGUUGAAUACAGUAUGCUUCAGUAAAAAAAAGAAUCUGACAGGGAAGAAGAAAGAUGAAUAUUGUCACGCUUUAGGAGGAGGAGAAAGGAGCUUUUUGUAUGAGCUGUAAAGGGAAACAAAGGAAAGAUGUAUUGUCAGAUUGAACAAUAGGAGAAAUGGAAACAUGGAACGAGGCACUGGAGAAAAAAAAAAUUAAAGAAACCAGAAAUGAAAGAUUUAAGGGCAAGAAAUGUGAUAUUUCAUAAUCUUAUCUCAUGAUUAAUGGUAACGUGUUGAACUUAAAUGUUGCGAUUGUAAAGUUGGUUUGGUUAUGUUUAGGUACAAUAAGUACUUGGUGAAGUUUAGGAAAAGACUGAGGUUUGGGUUAACGUUUCUCUACUUCUGGUUACAUAUGUGAAGGAGGUUUUAAAAAACAAAAACAGGAGAAAGUCCCUGUAAAUUAUUGGAUUAAAUACUUGAGCGUUUCACGAUAUAAAAACAGUUGAGUAAGGAACCAGCUCCCUGAAAUUGUAUUCAUCUCGAGUGCUUGGUUAAGUUUAGGAAAAGACUGAGGUUUGGGUUAACGUUUCUUGACUUCCGGUUACAUAUGUGACGGAGGUUUCAAAAAACAAAACAUAGGAGAAAGUCCCUCGAAACUAUUGGACUAAAUACUCGAGCGUUUCACGACAUAACAACAGUCGGGAAAGGAACCAGCUCCCUGAAAUUGUAUUCAACUCGAGUGCUUGAGUAAAUGUCCGUCCCUAGUUUCCACCUUUGCAUAUAUGUAGGUAAACAUGUAUAGACUUAAUCACCUCAGCCAUCCAUUUGACAAGCUUUUCAGUUUCAUCCAACUGACACGCAGCGUUUUCCUCCCAGCACUUGUCAAACUGUAGCAGAAACGAACACUCGAGGAGCGCUGUGUGCCACUUGGUUCAGUUUCUCUUCCUCUCUUGACUCAGUAAAUUGCAUGUCUGUGGUUGGGUGAACCUGUAGUCCUGUCUUUUUGGUCAAGUGGAAAAAAAA